ACUAAAUAUUGGUGGUGAUGAUGAUGCUGUCUGGGACCGAAUCAAAAGAGACAUGAUGAAAGACUCCGAGCAUGAGCAGCAGUCAACAGAGGACGAUUGUGGAGAAGGUAGUGAGAAAAGGGAUGAGAAUGAUGAAGUGGAGGAGGAAGAUGAGAAUCAACAACCUCCAAGCAAACAUCCAAGAAAGUCUCCAUUGGAGGAGCUUUUUGCCGAUGAGGAUGCAGAAAAGAUGUCAUCUCAUAGGAGGACCAUGUCCAUCCAGGACCAGGCAGAGAAGGAGAUCCAGAUGUAUAAGGAGACACCACCAACCUUUACGUCUGAUGACCCUGCUGCCUGGUGGUGGAACCAGCGCAUGACUUAUCCUUUAAUGUCAAACACAGCCUUUUCGUAUUUGUGUGUUCAGGCCUCCUCUACACCUAGUGAACGGGUGUUCUCAACUGCCGGUGACACAAUCUGUGCUGAACGUUCACGGAUACUGCCUGAGAAGGCAGACAUGCUCAUAUUUUUGAACAAGAACUGUUUUUAAUUUAAUGAGUUAGU